GGACCGCUCGGUUCCGGGUGCUGGGCGGAGCGGGCGAUGGAGCGCAUCAGGCUGGAGGACCUGGACGGGCUGAGCGAGGAAGCUGCAGCUGGCGGCGAGCAGGAGGAAGAGGAGGAGGAGGAGGAGCGGGGCCGGUUGUUUGCCCACUGGGAAACCAUCGCCAACACGCACCGAGUGAGCCUGCCGCGGGACAUGGCAGGCCCGAUCCUCCAGAUGACCCGGCACAGCCAGGCCCGUGAGCCCGUGCCGUACGUGACCCUCUCGCAGCAUCAGGAGUGCGAGGAAGCAGCCUACGAGGAGCGGUGGUACCCAGCUGGGAAGUGGGCCUGUGUCACCAAGGGGGAGCCCAUGUAUGAGCAGAGCAUCUCCAUGAGCUUCAUGAAGCUCAUGCGCUACAUCUGCAAGGAAAACUCUGUAGGUUGUUAUUUGGGCAUGACAGUCCCAGUGCUCAACGAAAUCCACCUGAUCAAGGAGGGGACUGGGCUGGAGCGUGAGGUCGUAACUGCCUAUUAUCUCCCAGGAGAGUUCCAGCAAAAUCCCCCUGUUCCCACAGACCCUGAAAUCCACAUCACUGAGAGGGCUCCACUCCGGGUUAUAACCAGGGUUUUCUAUGGGAUGACCACUGAGGAGACAAUUCUGCGAGAGAUCAGUCUCUUCUGGGAGCUCUUGGGGUCCACAGACAUGGUGUUCCAGGAAACCUACAUUGUGGCUGUUUACGAAAAUCCCAGCGUCCCUCAGCGCCGCAAUGAGAUCUGGUUCAUCUGCCGGGCAGAGGGACUCCUGUAACUGCUGACUGCUGCAACUGGACCUGGCGCGGUGGCACUUCUGACCAACCCUUCACCUGCAAAAUGACGGACAGACUGCGGGGUGGGCUUGCCCUCUGCCAGGGAAAACUUGCCUGGUCUGCACUCCACCUGCCCCUGCAGGAGCCAGCUGAGGCUGGAGCUGGCACCAAGGAGAGCCUCUGCAACUAGCUGCGGGUGGGAAGCACGCAGUGGGGGCUCAUGGAAGGUGGUAGCUGUGUGGGCUUGUGCCUGACCUGGACUUCCCUUAGCUCUGAGCUGGGGUUGCAGAGCUGUGCCAGGCAUGCUAGUGGGGCUUGUGUUUGGCAAAGUCACGAGCUGAUGGUGUCUAGAAGGCAAAUGACUGUGUACAAGGUGUGGAGCUCUGUCUGGGCUCUGGCCUUCUUCCUAUGAGAAUGGCUACCUGUCCCCAGUGGAGCCACUGAAAUGCCGCUACAGGGAAAGCGGGGUCCAAAGUGGGAAAGGGCUCACCACAAGCAAGAUGUAGAUUCUGUAUGUUUCCUGCUGGGGUGGUUCUCUUUGGACUGCUGGAUGCUUCCCAGACUGUCAGUCACCAUCCUUUAGACAGGACCAGGGUGCUGGCACUCCUUGUCUAUCAGUUGUGGGUGCUACUUUUCAGACCUGCUGCAAGCUGAGAGAGACAGGUCCUGACAGCAGCAGCGGUGGCACGACUGUGCGUUGUGUUGUGCAUUGAUCAGUGAGUUUCACAUCCAUUAAUACCAUCAUGCUCUCCUGGGGGAAGCUGGUGGUGCCAACAGUAAAUGAAACCAGCUCAAACCACUGCAGCUGCAAAUUACUGAUGGUGGGGAUGGGGGGUGCCCAGGUUGGCUUGGGGAAAGCCUUGGUAUCUCCCUCUUUAGGAUGUGCCAGGCUGCAAAACUAACUAAAAGAGCUCUAGUGUUUGCCCAGGUUAUGGCCUCGUGUUCAGCCAGACACAUCCCCUGCUUUACUGCCCAAGCUGCUUAUAUUGCUACUACAGACUGUGGCCAUACUUCUCUGCAGGUAAGGUGGUUUUCUGUUAGAUGCGGUCUGCUCUAGCCUAAUUUUUCCCCUGUGCAAAACGUUGGCUCCUUUGUACUGCACGUGGGUACCCAAUCUUGGGGACUGAGAAUUUCAAUGUAGUCACAGUGUAGCACGUCAUGCUGGUUGGCUGCAGGAACUGGUGUAUUUUUGUAGGGAUAUGCUUAACUGGCUUGGUGUGGAGGGACUCCUGGGUGCUUCUGACCCAUUUCCUAAGGAGUUUCCUCCUACUGCAACUGAAGAUGGGCUGUGUGCCUUGCCUCUUGCUGAUGCUGCUGCUCGAAUCUGGUUCUGGCCCACUGGCCCUAUGAUGCAGCUGGAGGGGGGAAAGGUGGGGAAGGCCAGCUCCAUGGUCUCAUUGCCCUACCCAUGCAAGUGGCUUCUGCCACUCCAUUUCCCAGUCAGAUGCUGUUCACUGUCCAGGCUGACUUGCCCACUGGCAGCAAAGGAGCGUGGCUGCCCAGCCUGUGGCUGUGAGAAGAGCAGGGCCAAGCUCCCUUGUUGAGGGAGCAAAGUAGCUUCAGGCAGAGUCUGGGCAAGCACAACAAGAGCAGCCAGCAGUUUCCUGGGCAUCUUGUGUUGCAGUUCUGGUCCCUGGGGCACUACAGGCAGGUAGGUGUGGGGAGGCUGUGUGACAGCUUGCAACUCUGAGGGCUGAUGUGGCAAGUGCUCCUCAGAUAAGAGUGGCAAUACCUGGAUCAACAGUGCAGUGCUCACUUCCCCUCUGGGGAAGGAGAAACAAUUCCCAUAUGUGAGGCUGGGGUCAAGUGGCUCAGUGUCAGCAGGAGGGCCAAGUCAGCUGGCAUGUGUGGUACAGAGACCCUUCCACUUACUGCACAUCAGCGGUUUUGCUUGCUUGCCCUGGGCUUGCAGCUGGAAGUAAUACUUGCCUUCUACAGACUGCCGAAUAGGCAACCACUUCCUCUGAGGCUGCUUGGUCCCCAACCACAACCAGGACACCUUUAGGUGACAGGAAGUGGUGGCUUCCCUCUGAGGGAGGACAGGUCUGCGGCU